AUGCCCCCUAAGAAAUAGAAGGAUGAUGGAGCACAAAAUAAUGCAGCUAAAAUUACUAUGCUAGAUUUUGAAGCCAAAAGAUUAUAAAUGAGAAUAGUGGAAGAAUAAAUGAGAGCUGAUCGUUCAAAAACAUAAGAAAUGCAGUUACAACAAAAAUAUUUAAGUUUAGACAAAGAUUUCAAAGGAGAAAAAGAAAAAUUAUUCAAUAUAAGUACAGAUAUGAAUAGAUAAUAUAAAUAAAUGUAAGAUGAAUUACUUAAAGAUAUUAAUGAGUUGAAUGCAACUGUCAAAGAGAAAGAUGAGGUUAUUAGUACGUAAAUAAUAAAGUAUGCAUAGAAACCAAAGAAUAAUAGAUAACAGAUUAUAGAGUUAGCUAUGAAGAGAAACUAAAAAAGAAAGAUUAAGAUAUAGCUGAAUUAAGAAAGAAGAUUGAUGAUAUGUCUUUAGAAUUUGCAGAUAUGCUAAAAGAAACUUUAAACAAGAUGCAAGAGCGUAUAGAAUUGGCUUAAUGGGAUAACAAUUCAGAUAAUUAAGUUAUGAGGAAUUUUAAGGAAGCUUCGGGUUUUGGUAAUUGA